AUGCCGCAUAAGAAUAAUCAGAUAUUGUCAUUGAUAAGUUGCAAGCAGGGUGCCUUAUCGUUACGUUCCGAGCUUGAGUGCAUCUACCAGAAUUAUGGAACACCUUUGAAUUUGAGUGGGGUCACGGUUCGUGCGACAGCACCGGAAGGAAAUUUGACGCAAGGAGAAAUCGUUUUCGAAACGGUUCGCCAACCAACGGGGGAAAAUCGUCUACGGUUUAAGGAAGGAUUUGGCGUCGAAGUUCUUCACGGGUUGCAGCAUGCAUUAGAAUUUAAACGACGUGGCAGACUUAUCCCUCGCCAAGACAAGUAUACUUCCAAAUCGGGCGCAAGAUUUGGGUUAUCUUGUACCCACCCAUGGAUUAGGGUAGUUAUCAAUACAUAUUUACUUAUCAGUCAUGAACUGGAUAUCUACUUAUCAAUUUCCAGACUAUACGCUUUCUUCGUCCAGCCCUCGUCAAAAACGGGACGCAACAUUUUCCUCGAACCGUUCAGCACAUCUUUGUGGAUUUGCUUGCUCGUUAUUUACCUCAUCUUAAUUGCUUCGAUCAAAAUAAUUUGUAAACUUGGGAAGAAAAUGAUUGGUCCCCUUUCCCCAGAAGAUCACACACUCACGGAGGCGGUCGCAAUUUGGAGUUGUCACACAAUUUGCCAACAUGGAUUUCACUCUCCGCCAAAAUUGUCCUGCUUGCGGAUCGCUAUUCUGACCGGGGUAGUUCUCGGACUUAUUUUAUACGUGUCCUACUCAGCACAGUUAGUCUCCAUCUUUUCCAUUACGACGCCACCCAUUAAAAACAUUGAGGAUUUACUCAAAAGUCAGAUUAACAUUGUGGUCGAUGAGAAUAAUCAGAGGGCGAGGAAUAUGAUUGAGACUCCGCAGGGUACGAACAACGGAUCUGCUGCUAACCCUGACCCUACCUCUCGCCGAUUGCAAGCCCACAUAAAGUCACAACAAUUAAAGAAGACCCUCGCCUCCGCGGGAGAGGGCGGAGGUGCCAUCCUCAAAAAUGGUGAUCCAACCUCCGGCGGAGCACCCGUUUCUUUCAUAACUUUUAAAGACACAUUUUUCACAACGAUUAAAAACACGUUUAAAACCGGAGAUGACGAACUUUGUCUGAAGAUUUCGACAGUUCCCGUGACCGGAGGAACUUUCAAGAGCGGGCUCUUUGUCAAAAAGGGGUCACACUUUAAGGAACCGUUCAACGUGAAAAUGAUCACGAUGUACAAUUCUGGUCUGAUGGCACGUUUCGUAAUUAAAUACGAGGACACUUACACCCCACGAUGCAAUCGGGAUGGGGACACCCUCGCCCCAGUGAUUACGAUACCGGACGUAAUAUUCGUCUUUUACGGACUACUGCUCGGAUUUUUGGGCUGUUUGGUGAUCUGUGGUUUGGAAUUUUUUAUCGCAAAGAGUCGCAUCGUUAAUUUUUUACUUGUCGUUUGCGGUGCAAUGAUGAGUUGAAAAUAAUUGAUAGUGAUAAAUUCAAGCCGACCCGAUCAUGAUGAUCGUUCCCACGGGACGUAUCAAUGAAAAUAAGUGACACUCGACACGACUUGACGAUGACAUUAAUAAAUUAUCCAAUAAUUAUGCACGUUGCUGAUUCUCCGGUCAGAUUUGUGAUUGGCAUGUUAUUGUUGAAAAGCGUGAGCUGGUUGGACAAUUUGGUAUAAUGGGACACAAUAAAUACAAGGA